AUUAAGAGUAACUGAGAAUUGCAAUGUGGCUAGUACGAGUAAUAGUCAGCUGCUUAGCAUUAGGAUUAUCCUGGGCAGCUGAUGAAGUUGAGUUGACCAUUCCCCAGGGAACUCUCAGAGGUUUGAAAACAACUACUACCCAGAAUGGAGUGCAGUAUUACAGUUUCAAGGGAAUACCUUAUGCAAAACCCAUGAUUGGGCCCAAUAAGUUCAAGCAAUCAGAACCUGCUGAGGGGUGGACCGGAGUCAGGGAUGCAACUCAACAUGGCAAUACUUGUGUCUUCUUCUGCAUGGUUCAGCAAAAAGUCCUCGGAGAUGAUGAUUGUCUCUUCCUUAAUGUCUACACUCCGACUCUCGAGGAGGGAAGUGGUAAAGCUGUGAUGGUAUACUUCCACCCUGGUGGUUUCACCAAAGGCUCCGGCGAUGAUGAUCUGUUCGGUCCUGAUUUUCUCCUCGAGAAGGAUGUUAUCUUGGUAACAGUAAAUUCUCGAUUGGGAGCACUCGGAUAUCUCAACACUGGGGAUGCUAAUGCACCAGGAAACGCUGGCUUGAAGGAUCAAGUCCUGGCUCUCAACUGGAUUCAGAAUAACAUUGGUCGUUUCGGUGGGUGCCGCAACAGAGUAACAUUAUUCGGUGUUAGCUCUGGUGCUGCCUCUGUUCAGUAUCACAUGCUCUCACCGAUGUCAGAAGGAUUAUUCAGACGAGCAAUUAUUCAGAGUGGGUCAGUAUCAAGUUCUUGGGCCAUUUCAUACACCCCAAGGGAAGAUGCAAUGACAUUAGCUGCCAAACUUGGAAUCAAAGCAUCUGACACCAAAGAAUUGGUUGUGAAACUGAGUGAAGUUCCAACUCCACAGAUUGUCGAGGCAAAUGACGCACUUGGUGGAACAAUGAACUUUCUCCGUGGCGAUAUGCAUUUCAUGUUGCCAUCAGUGGAGAAUAAUAUCGGAAAGGACAUGUUCCUUCCAGCGGAUCCAUGGGAGCUGCUGAAAUCUGGAAAAGUGGCUAAUGUACACACGAUGAUAGGAACAGUUUCCCAGGAGGGCGGACUGUUUACAGGAAUGGUGCUGCCCAUGGUUUCUCACUUCCAGGAUAAUUUCGCACUGUUCAUCCCCAAGGACCUCAACAUGACCGAUCCAGGGCAGCUGAAGAUGGUGGGAGAGUCAAUCAAGAAAUUUUAUUUCGGUGAUAAAGCCGUUGGGGACUCGGUGACAGAACUUACUAAUCUUCUGACUGAUGUAUUUUUCGCCUGCGGCUCAAUGUUAACAGCAAGGGUCAUUAAUGCACGGUUGAGUUCACCUGUUUAUCAGUAUUUAUUCGACUUCGAAGCUCCUUUAGGAUUUAUGAAGUCCUUGUUUAAACUUGAAAAAGGGGUUGUACAUGGGGAUGACAUGACUUAUCUCUUCUACUCGAAAGUAUUCCAAAAUAAAUUACAACCUGGCUCACGAGUGGAGACUAAGACUAAUCAGAUGGUGGAAAUGUGGACGGAUUUCGCGAAAGAGGGAAACCCCUCCAUCACGAUGAGUGCAGCCAACAUCAAAUGGGAGCCCAUGGGAGAGGAUGGAAAAUAUUUGGCCAUAAACGAUGAGCUGACCAUGAAAACCUCGAUUUUCAAAGAUCGCAUGAACUUCUGGGCCGGAAUAUAUAAAGACGUUCUCGGGGAUCAUGCCAAGCUCUUCAAUUAAUUCCUACUCUCCUCCUCAAAAAUAAAAUAUGUAAAAAGCCUACGAUAUCAAAAACUUACGUAUAUUCCUCAAAUUAUAUAAUUAUAUAAUUAUAUAAAAAAUACAACACUAUUGCGAAUAUUAUUGCAAUUGGUAUUGAAUAUUAAACAAAUUUCUAACAUUGAA